CAGGAUGAGUACUUCUACAACCCUACUAGAUCCUACCACGACUGAAGGUUACGACUAUGAUUAUGAUAUCGCUGCUCCAUGCCACAAAGACAAUGUCAGAGAUCUGACUGCCACGUUCUUGCCUCAUCUGUACUUCGUGGUGUUCUUCACAGGCCUGCUGGGCAAUGCCAUGGUGGUGUUGAUCCUUACAAAGUACAAGAGACUCAAGACUAUGACCAACAUCUACCUUCUCAACUUGGCCAUCUCAGAUCUGCUUUUCCUCAUUACACUUCCAUUCUGGAUUCACUAUGAGUUGAAAAGGGACUGGGUCUUUGGAGAUACCAUGUGUAAACUCCUUUCAGGGUUAUAUUAUUUGGGUUUAUACAGUGAAAUCUUCUUCAUCAUCCUGUUGACCAUUGAUAGGUACCUGGCCAUUGUCCAUGCGGUGUUUGCCAUAAGGGUCAGGAAGGUAGUCCUCAGCAUCAUGACCAGCAUCAUUACCUGGGGUGUGGCCUUCCUGGCCUCUCUCCCUGAUAUUAUCUUUACUAGAUCUCAGAAUGAGUUUUAUCGUUACACCUGCAGCCCUCAUUUCCCAUACGAGACUGCAAGGAUGUGGCGACAGUUCCAGGCUUUGAAACUGAACAUUCUGGGACUCAUUUUGCCCCUGCUGGUCAUGAUCAUCUGCUACACAGGUAUUAUAAAAAUACUGCUUAGACGGAGGAGUGAGAGGAAAUGGAAAGUUGUCAAGCUGAUUUUUGUCAUCAUGGUUAUCUUCUUUCUCUUCUGGACACCCUAUAACCUCACAGUUCUAGUUUCUGCUUUCCAAGAUUUCUUUUUCACACUCGGAUGUAAGAAGAGCGAACAGUUGGACUUGGCAAUACAAGUGACUGAAGUCAUUGCUUUGACACACUGUUGUGUCAACCCUGUGAUCUAUGCCUUUGUUGGGGAGCGGUUUCAGAAAUACCUCUCUCAUUUUAUCCACAAUCACAUUGUAGUGCACCUGUGCAAACAUAUCCCAUCCUUCUUGAGGGACAGACUGGAGAGGGCCAGUUCUAUCUCUCCAUCUACUGGAGAACAAGAACUCUCAGUUGAGUUUUAGAUUGGCCUGAGAAUAGCUUACCUAGGAGAGUGGGUCAUGGGCAUUGAAGUUUACCAAGCUGGAACGGGAAAAACAAAACCAAUGCACUGAUCUCCACAUUAGGCUUCUCAGAAGGGAUACAAAGUCAAUCUCACCUGGGAGGUGAGAUGUCUGAGAGAUAAGGCCCUGGGGUCUACUAAAACUACAGUACUCAGACUAUAAGGACAGAGCUAUUUGCAAAAUUGCUCAGGAGUCAC